CAAAUAAAAAUACAGUAAAAGGUUAAACUGUAAAAUUAUUUUCAGUUUACUUUAGAAUAUAAUUUCUGCAUAUUGGAAACAGUAAUUGAAUUUAAUUGAAAUGGAGUUAAGUGAAGAUUCUAUAGAGUUAAAACAAAAUAUUUUAAUAUGUGACAAAGAUGGAGAUGGAGAUUCUCUAGUGCACCAUGUUAAUGUACAAAUCAAAUCAGAACUGGAAGAAUGCACGAUUGAAAGUAAUAAUUAUUACACAGAAGAUUCUUUAUCAGACUCAUAUUCGAAUAAUAUUAAAAUAGAAGAACAUAUGUUACAAUAUGAUAUAAGUAACCCAUUCCCUGUCAUUACCAAGCAAGAAGUUAAGACAGAAAUCAAAGAAGAACUGGAUGAACAUAACUUACAAGUAAAUCAUGGGUGUAACACUCUAUUUAACAGUACAGAUACUGAAAAAUUAGACUCAGAGAGAGAUGUUAAAUUGCAGAUAGGAGCUUCAACUGAGAUAGAUGAUGAAAAACGUUGCAGAAGUAUGAAAACAGAAAAGUUAUUGCCUAGCAUUGAAAAAAAAGGUGUACGUCAGAACGAGAUUAACACGAAAUGUGAAGGAUCUUUGAUAACACCAACACGAGAAAGUUCGUACAAGUGUGAAAUAUGUUUGAAGGAAUUUACUGUGUUAAGAUAUUUAAAGAAGCAUUUGCAAAUACACACUGGGGACAAACCUUACAAGUGCAAAAUUUGUUCUAAGCAAUUUAGUAGAAAUGAAAAUUUGAAAGUGCAUGUAAGGCUACACACCGGCGAAAAGCCUUAUAAGUGUGAAAUUUGUUUUAAGCAAUUUAAUAAAUCAGAUAGUUUGAAAACGCAUUUAAUAAAACACACUGGCGAAAAACCUUACAAGUGUGAAAUUUGUUUGAAACAAUUUGGUGAAGCAAAAACUUUGAAGAAUCAUUUAAGGAUACACACAGGAGAAAAGCCUUAUAAGUGCGAAAUUUGCUUUAAGAAAUUUAUUCAAGCAGGAAAUUGGAAAAAGCAUUUAAGAAUACACACUGGAGAAAAGCCUUAUAAGUGCAAAAUUUGUUUUAAACAAUUUAGUGAAGCAGUAACUUUGAAGAAUCAUUUAAGGAUACACGCAGGAGAAAAGCCUUAUAAGUGCGAAAUUUGCUUUAAGAAAUUUAUUCAAGCAGGAACUUGGAAAAAGCAUUUAAAAAUACACGCUGGAGAAAAGCCUUAUAAGUGCGAAAUUUGUUUUAAACAAUUUAGUGAAUCAGGAAUUUUGAAAAGGCAUUUAAGAGUGCACACUGGCGAAAAGCCUUACAAGUGUGAAAUUUGUUAUAAGCAAUUUAGUAGAAAUGAAAAUUUGAAAGUGCAUGUAAGGCUACACACCAGCGAAAAGCCUUAUAAGUGUGAAAUUUGUUUUAAGCAAUUUAAUAGAUCAGAUAGUUUGAAAACGCAUUUAAUAGAACACACUGGCGAAAAACCUUACAAGUGUGAAAUUUGUUUUAAACAAUUUAGUGAAGCACUAACUUUGAAGAAUCAUUUAAGGAUACACACAGGAGAAAUGCCUUAUAAGUGCGAAAUUUGCUUUAAGAAAUUUAGUGAAGCAGGAAAUUGGAAAAAGCAUUUAAGAAUACACACUGGAGAAAAGCCUUAUAAGUGCGAAAUUUGUUUUAAACAAUUUUGUGAAUCAGGAAUUUUGAAAAAGCAUUUAAGAGUGCACACUGGCGAAAAGCCUUACAAGUGUGAAAUUUGUUAUAAGCAAUUUAGUCAAGAUGACAAUUUGAAAAGGCAUUUAAAGAUACACACUGACAAAAAGCCUUAUCAGUGCGAAAUUUGCCUUAAGCAAUUUAUGGAAGUAAGUUAUUUAAAAAUUCAUUUAAGAGUACACACUGGAGAGAAGCCUUAUAAUUGUGACAUUUGUUCUAAGCAAUUUAGUCAAGAUUGCAGUUUGAGAAAGCAUUUAAGAAUACACACUGGAGAAAAACCUUAUAAGUGCGAAAUUUGUUUUAAACAAUUUAGUGAAUCAGGAAUUUUGAAAAGGCAUUUAAGAGUGCACACUGGCGAAAAGCCUUACAAGUGUGAAAUUUGUUAUAAGCAAUUUAGUCAAGAUGUCAAUUUGAGAAUGCAUUUAAGAAUACACACUGGAGAAAAGCCUUAUCAAGUGCGAAAUUUGUUUUCAACAAUUUAGUAAAUCGGGAAUUUUGAAAAAGCAUUUAAGAGUGCACACUGGCGAAAAGCCUUACAAGUGUGAAAUUUGUUAUAGGUAAUUUAGUCAAGAUGACCAUUUGAAAAGGCAUUUAAAGAUACACACUGACAAAAAGCUUUAUCAGUGCGAAAUUUGCCUUAAGCAAUUUAUGGAAGCAAGUUGAAAAUUCAUUUAAGAGGACACACUGGAGAGAAGCCUUAUAAUUGUGACAUUUGUUCUAAGCAAUUUAGUCAAGAUGGCAGUUUGAGAAAGCAUUUAAGAAUACACAGUGCCGAAAAGUCGUAUAAGUCAAAUUUGUUUUCAGCAGUUUAGUUUUCGCGGUGUGCAAGUACUUGGAGGGAAUACGAGAAACGAUCGUGCGCGAAUAGCGGAGAAAUCUUGCAACUUUCUUAAAUAAUUCAUUGUCAAAUUGACGUAUAUUUCAUGCCCGCUGUCACUGAAGAAGAAAAAUUAUAUAUUGCUUCACAAUAUUGAUAUGUGCAAUUAUUAUAUAAAGGUAAAUUUAAAUAAUUGUAUUUUGCUUGCAGUACUGCAUUUUAAUAACUAAUUUUAUUUACUACAUACAAUUGUUUACGUUUUAAUAACAUAACCUGAAUAUUAUUUUUUUGGACUAUGACCUUGACAAUUAUAUAGCAACUAGGACCAUAUGAUUGGCCAAUAUAAUUAAAAGUGCGAAUAAAGUUGCAGAGCGUAGAAACCAUGUGUCGCUUUUCCAAACUUGCACGGUCCCAAUAGCAUGUAUUCUAAAAAUGCAUAUGAGAGUGCACGUUGGGGAAAACCUUCACACAAGUAAUUUAAAAACUGAUUUGAGAUUUGGUUGCACACUAAGGAAAAUUUUUACAAGUGUGAAAUUUGUAAAGUAAUUCUAAGCUAAAUAAUGUGUACACUUAUUUAUGAAAUUGGCGAUCCCGUGAUUGAUCAAUAAUAAAACAAUGCAAAAAAAUAUAAGUUUAUUAAUUUCCACAUUUCCACAAAAUAUGGACAACGUGACAUAUCUGCUGUAGAAACAGUUUCCUAAAAGCCGAUUUCUCAUCACUAAGUUAAUCUACAGUUCAACUGAAUGAGGUUCUUCCUUGAACUUCGAUUAUGUUGGAAAAUGCAAUUCUCAUUGAGUCGCGGAGCAUUGACAGUUCACGUUCUACGUCUUAAUGUUUGUUGGCAAUGCAAAAAUCCCUAGAUUCUAGUAGCUUUCGAGAAAUGCCAAUAGAUGGCAAAAGGUAAAACUCGCCAUUGUGUAUGGACUUUUUUAUGCUGUCUUUGAAUAACGUUAAAAAGUACAGUCGGAAAAAUGAAAGAAUACCCAUGAACGAAUAUAUAAAACACGCUGUAUUUUCCUGUCACCGUGUCACAGGGAAAAUUGCCCAGUGCAAGUGCAUUUAACAAUAAUUAUUACAUGUACUUGCGCUGGCCAAUUUUUUGUGUGACACGGUGACAGGAAAAUACAGCGUGUUUUAUAUGUUCGUUCAUGGGUAUUCUUUCAUUUUUCCUACUGAUUUAGAGCCAAUAAGUAAUUUUCAGUAAUAAUUGCACAAGAGCUCUAAAAUUCUAUAUUAAUUUUAGAGAUCGAGUGCAAUUUGUUGCGAUUAUUUCAUGAAUAAAACUGUUCAAAACCAAAAUUUUAUUGUAAUUUAUUUAUGUAAGUACAAAUUAGAACAAUUAAACACACAGUUGUUAU